AUGAAUGUAAUUGAAAAUCCCUCGCCUGAUUUUGAACGUCAAUUUGUUCUUGCAAUAAAUGCUAGACGAAAACUUAAAGGCAAUAAACCAAAAUUUGUUAUAACUUCAAAUCAAGUAUUGUCCUCAAAUGAAGAGAAAGAAACUAAUCAAGUCAUUUUAACUAUUAAAAGUAUUCAAACAUUAUUACUUAGUUGUACUGAUAAAUGUCCGCGAGCUUAUAGUGCAAGUUGGUGUAAAAUUCUACGUGUUCAAAAACUUCAACAAAUUGUUGUUAUUGUUUUGAAUGGUGUAACAGAUGAAAAUUAUAAUAGACUCAACGACACUGAACUUGUUCAAGAAUGGCAACAAUUGUUUACUUCGGAUAAUGUUUGUCAUACAUUCCGCUUUCAUACGCAGAAGAAUAUUCCAUUUAUCGAACAAUUUAGUAAAAUAGCAGCAAAAACAAAAUCUACAAAUCAGUCACAAGAUCGUUCAACAUUAAAAAGUAAAGCUGAACAAUUAAGUAAUAAAAAACGUACAUUAGAAGAGACUGAUGAAAAUUCAUCGCAAAUAUUGAAAAAAUCUAACACUGAUCAAUAUUCUCGUGUCAAUUUAGUUUUAAAUUUAAAACAAUUAAUAACUGGAAAUUAUCCAUGUCCAAUUUAUAAUCAAUUUAAAAAUUUUAAACAAAUUAAAUCUUCGUAUAAACCAAUAACAUCGUCAAGUAGAAUAUUUGCAUUGGAUGUUGAAACGUUUUCUGAUAUGAUGAACAAUCGACAAGUUCCCUAUUGGAUUUCAAUUGUUGAUGAAGAAUUAAAUUGUAUUUAUCAAACAUUAAUCAAACCAAAUGAAAGUCAAUACAUGGACACUUAUCAACCACGUCGUGAACAAGUGAUUGAAACUGUUCCAAAUAUAAGUGAAAAAAGUUUGGAAGAAGUUCAUGAAGAUUUUAAAAUCUUAUUUGAUGAUGAUUUAAUACUUGCUGGACAUAGUAUUGAAAAUGAUCUUAAAUAUUUACAAAUUUACCAUCCAUAUAUUAUUGAUACUUCAAUUAUUUUCAAUGUUACCGGGACAAGAUUAGAAAAGACAAGUUUACAGAAACUAUAUGCGAUUUUUUUUGGACGUUUAAUACAAAAGACUCGCCUAGAACAUGAUCCAACAGAAGAUGCACGGGCGACAAUGGAAUUAGUACAAUUAAAACUGAGUAAAAAUAUUGAAUUUGGUGAUUGGUUUCUUGGUGGCGUUGAUCAAUUGAAAGUUUUAGGAAAUUAUGAUUCAUUACAACUGGAUGAGAAUAUUCAAGAAUGUCAAACAUUUUUAGCACAAACUAAAUUUGGUUUACAAGAAGAUUUUUUUAAAAGAAUUAAACAUCAAAAUAAAGCUUUGGUUAUUGAACAAGCAUUAAAUAACACAAAAACUUCUUUACCAACAAUAGAAGUUAAUUCAAAUCGUCAAGUUUUUAAAACGUCUAUUGAAAAAUUAUCUACACAUGAAUUCCUUUGGCUUCAAUUCUAUGUUUCAUUAAAUGAUGAUCAAUCGUUUGCUAAAAUAACAAAAUAUAUCAAAAAGAUUUAUAAAUCUUUACGAGAAGACUCAAUACUAAUUGGAAUUUUCUCUGAUCAAGAUGAUUUUGGUCGAUGUUUUGUUAGAAUUAAAGAUGAUGAAAAAUUGUCUCCAUUAAUUAUUGAUGGAAAAGAAUAUCCGUAUGAUUUAAAACUAGUCAAAACUACAUAA